AUGUUUUCUCUUUCUUCCGUCCCUGAUCCCCGCAUCUGGCUCUGGGGUGGUUCUCAUACAAUGGCAGCUGAAGCUAGCUCGACCGGAUUUCUUCUAUCACUUUUUCGUGCCUGGGAGUGGCAAUGGCACUGGUUGCUCUACGUGAUUGUUAUUUGGGAGGCAAAAAGAAUAUUUGAACUGUUCUUUCUCGUACCUGUGAGCCCCCAUACUAUAAAACCGCAGGGAGGUUACAGCCUUCAUCCUCAUUCCUCCACUGACAGUAACACAAAGAGCAAUGUUAGGAUAACGGGCCCAUCAACUAUCUUCGGACACUGGGUGGCAGGCUUUAAACAUGUGUUUUAUCUCGAAGAAGUGGCCUCCAAUGCCUAUAAAAUGCCUGUGGGUAAAAUUUGGGCUAUGCCGACGAGAAACAAUUUUCAUAUCUGCGUUCCAACAAAGGAAUACAUCGAAGAAUUCGAUCGGGCUCCUCAAAAUGAACUGUCUUUGAGAGGGGUUAGUCAUGAGCUCUUCCCCCCUCAUGAACUCUUCGGGGGCCUGCCACCCGAGAGUCCUGGAAUUUUCCAGAAGAUCCUCAAAACAGAUAUGCGGCAAUGUCUUCCACAACUCGAACCUUCCCUUCAAGAUCGAUUGCACGAAGCAUUUAAGAAAGACUUUUGUGGCAAAAAGAAUCCAGAAGGCAAGCAUGAUCCCUUGAAACCCCAAUUUUUAGACCUUGGAUGCAUUUUUUAUUCGCGCAGAUGGACGAAAGUUACCCUGUCCUCCACAAUGUUUAAGAUGAUUGCGAGGGUGAAUAGUCUGGCCAUUCUUGGUCCAGAUUUGUCCAAGACACUGUUUGACUCGGGAACGGUAACUCGUUAUUUGAAAACGGCCACACUAACGGGACAGCUUCUCGGAAUUUUACCCCGCUUCAUGAAGCCCUUGGUAGGAAAGCUCAUAAUGCGUUAUAUCGGUGGUUUGGAUGAGAUGGUGAAACAAAUUUCGAACGAGAUUAGUCUUCGGGUUAAGCCUGCCAAGGUAGAUGGGCCAGAACAUAUGGAUUGUAUUCAGUGGACGAUUGGAAGAUCUAGGAAAGAAAGUGUCCUCACCUUGACUCCUCAUAUUUUGGGCAUCUUAUUCGCGUCCACACAUCAACCACCCAUGUUGCUAUCAUAUGCGAUCUAUCGCUUGUGUCUCCAUCCCGAGUAUCUACAGCCAUUGCAAGAUGAAGCAAGACUAUGUGCUAAGAAAGACAGCCCCUAUACAAAUAGUGAUGACAUGCCACUGAUGGAUAGCUUUCUAAAGGAGGUUUCGCGAGUGCAUCCUAUCACUGUUGUAACUUUACCGCACAAAGUUGAAAAGGCAUUUACGUUUUCGGAUGGGACUUACAUUCCAGCCGGUAACUGGGUUUGCGUACCUCAACAAGCUAUUCUGAACGAUCCAAACAUAUACAAUGACCCCGAGACAUUCCAACCAUUUCGAUUUGUGCAAUGGGAGAAUGAAAAUGGUGUUUCUCCCACGCCAUCCUCGGAGUCCAGAUUCUCGCAUCCUAGCUGGAAAUAUCCCUACUGGGGCACCUUAAAGCAAGCUUGGUAA